UCUCUUUCUCUCUGUCCAUGCCCACGUUCAGUGGAACUGUGAAAUUCCCUUUUUUCCCUCGUCACAUCUCAACACUGUUUUCUCAUUCAAAACAACACUGAUCUGUGAAGUGUGAACCACAAAAAACGUUUUAUUCUAUCUAUGCCUUCUUGGCUUUGUUCACCACCAUGGACUCUUGUUCUAAGAGACUUGCAUUCUCGGAACCCUUUAUGUCACAGAGGAGAAAGGUGAUUUCUGGGUUCAGUUUGGGCGUUGGAGUUUCUCUCCUUUUCCUCACUCUCAUCUUGCUCAACAACACUUCCCUCUCCGUUCCCAAGGUUCAAGUGUUUCUCCAAGGAUCCGAUUCCAAUUCCUCUUCUUCUUCAUUCUCGUGGCGUUUUCCCUUCACAACCACUCUUUCUUCCAACGCUUCCGUGAGUCCUCUGCAUAGGGUUGAAGUGAACGUGUCGUCAAGUGAGGGUUCGGAGAAAAGUUCGGAGGAAACCCUUUUGGGGAAUCUCACUGGGGAUCAGAAAAAUGCAAGCUUGCAUGAUGGGCACGAGGAAGAUGAUGAACAUUGUUGUUCUUUGAAGAAUGUUACUUUGGCGGUGAAGGAAAAUGCGCUAGUGGGAAAUUCGUCAUGCAAUGGUGGUGGUAGUGGUGUGGGAAAGUGUGAAGAUGGGUUGUUGAUGAAGGAAAGUAAUAAUAAUGAUAGUAUUAGUGUUAGUGUUAGUGGUUUGCUUGGGGAAUGUGACAUCUUUGAUGGGAAAUGGGUGAGGGAUGAAUCGAAGCCUUACUAUCCAUUGGGGUCUUGUCCUCAUGUCGAUAGGGAUUUUGAUUGCCAUCUUAAUGGAAGGCCUGAUAGUGAGUAUGUGAAGUGGAAAUGGCAGCCGAAUGGGUGUGACAUUCCAAGUUUGAAUGCAACUGAUUUUCUGGAAAAGUUGCGAGGACAGAAGCUGGUUUUUGUGGGGGAUUCACUGAACAGGAACAUGUGGGAGUCCAUGGUGUGUAUCCUACGUCAAAGUGUCAAGGACAAGAAACAUGUUUUUGAAAUUUCAGGAAAAACAGAAUUUAAGAAGAAAGGUGUCUAUGCUUUUAGAUUUGAGGAUUAUAAUUGUUCAGUAGAUUUUGUCAGUUCACCAUUCAUUGUUCAAGAGUCAAAUUUCAAAGGCAUAAAUGGGUCCUUUGAGACAUUAAGAUUGGAUUUAAUGGACCAGACAAGUACUACCUAUCGUGAUGCUGAUAUCAUAGUCUUCAAUACAGGCCAUUGGUGGACCCACGAGAAAACAUCGAGGGGAGAAGACUAUUAUCAAGUAGGCAACCAUGUAUACCCCAGACUCAAAGUUCUGGAUGCAUAUACUAGGGCAUUGACCACUUGGGCUACAUGGGUUGACAAUAAUAUUGACGCCAAUCGAACUCAGGUUUUCUUCAGAGGAUAUUCAGUAACCCAUUUCAGGGGUGGGCAAUGGAAUUCAGGUGGAAAGUGCCACAAAGAAACCGAGCCAAUAUCUAAUGGAAAGCACUUACGCAAGUAUCCCUCAAAAAUGAGGGCUUUUGAGCAUGUGGUCAUCCCAAAGAUGAAAACCCCAGUGAUAUAUAUGAACAUUAGUAGGCUUACAGAUUACAGAAAAGAUGGACAUCCUUCUAUAUACAGAAUGGAGUAUAAGACAGCAGAAGAACAGACCGCUGCUGAACAACAUCAAGAUUGCAGUCAUUGGUGUUUGCCUGGAGUACCUGAUACUUGGAAUGAAUUACUGUAUGUUUCUCUCUUGAAAUAUGGUAAAGGCCAUUGGAAAAGCUGAGCAAAACUCCACAGCCGAUUUCUGAUUCUUUAUACAUAUUCAACAAAUGUAUAUUCAUUGAUUUCCUACAUAUAGAUGUCCAUCACAAAGGGUCUCUUGAGUUAUAGUUUGUGCUGAAGAUGAUUGACUAGAGUGACAAGUUUAUGUGUAUUUUCUGUAUACAACAUCUUACUGGUAGUACAAUUGUUAUAGUGAAUGAAUACCACGAAAGCUGUAAAAUUUAUAGAUUGAAAGCUUGAUUUUAUUCUUUGCCUUGAUUAGUCAAAGAAAAUGAA